AUGCCACCCGGUGGCAGAGGCGGCCGGUCCGUCACCUGUCGUGGGGGUGCGCGGCAGCAGGACUCCGCCAGGCCAGCAGCGGCGCCCACCCCGCGGCCUGCGUCGCUCUCGCGAUCGAUGGCGCGGCCUCCCCCGCCCCCGCCCCCGCCCCCGCCCCCCUUCCGCACCUUCGCCUCCGGCCGCCGCUUUGCCGGCCACCGGAAUCCCCGUCUAAUUACCUGCGGCGUGCCACAGCCGCCGCGUGGCCCGGGCAGCGCGCCUCUCUGGUCUCUCCCUGCCGCCUCCGGUCGCGAGUUUCACGGCAGACGACGUGCCACCGCGGGAAACGCACAAAUCUGGCCACGUAUCCCGAACGUCGGGCUGGCGGGGAGCUACCUACAUCCGAACGGCAGCUGGCAGUCGAUGUGGCCAGUGACAGGCGUCAAAUACCGGGGCACUCCCGUACCACACAGUGUGCAGCUGUGCGCCGCAGGUCUCGGAACACGGAGAGCCCGCCUCAUCAGCCAGAGUGCGCGGCCGCCAGACGACAGUCGCUCUAAUUACAGUGGCUCCCGCUGGCGAUGCGGCCUCCUGAUUGGCUGUCUGUCACCUGGCCUGCAGCUGCGCCCCCUGCGUCACCUCACGCCACCGCCCAGCGUGCGUCAGCGCAGCCGCCCCGUAUUCCGCCCUGGCACUUGCGGCGUAUCUCCAGACGCGUUCUUUGUGCAAGACCCUUUGCCAGUGCCGCUCGCAAACACGAUUACACGUGUGCCGUGCACUGAGCCCUGCGGGUCUCCUGUUGCAGAGAGCGAGGGUGAGGAGGAGGCGGGGGCCCUGACGCAGACCGCCGCCCCCGCCGCCCUCGCCGCCCCCGCCGCCACGGCGCCCAGCAUGGCGGACCACUACGACGUGGAGGGCCAGGCUCUGGGGAUGGGCCUGGGGGCGGGAGCCGCCCCCGCCGCCCCCCGGCCGCCGCCCACGGCCAACGCGGUUCUCGUCCCCUCGCUCAUCGAGAGGCCGCCCGAGGUCGACAAGAAGGUCAAGGCGCAGAGCGUCCAGCGGGAUCGUGGGCCGCCCCCAGCAGCUGCGUUACGCUGCCGCCGCGCCGCUUUCGCCGCCUGCCCUCCUCGUGGCGCCGCCAUUAAAGCGGCGCGCCUCACUGGCCGGCCGGUCGGUCUGCUGGCGAAGGCCGAGGCCCGCGCCGGGUACCGCCGCGUCGCCCUCCACACACCGACACCGGGUGCUUCACCACUCUCAGUAACAGGUUGA